UGCGCAGCAGAGUUAAUUAGAGAGAGAAUUAGUAAAUACUGUUCUGCAUUUUCUCCUCUGUCCAACUACAAACCCAAAAACAAUUUGACUCUUCAUAAAAAAUUCCCCCUUUCUCUCUCCUCCGUCGUCGACGAAAGCAAAACUGAAAUAGGAGAGAGAAAGUGAAUAUACUUUUGGUUGAGCUCUGAAGAGGGAAUCAAAUCACAAUUUCUUCUAUUUUUGUCCAUCAGUAAAGAUGCAUACGCGAACGAUUCCUCACUUGCUUAUGUAUACCCGCAUCGGCAUAGCCCUAGCUCAAUGAACCUUGAGCAGAAAUGGUGGAUCGCCUGAGCAGAGCAGUUUACAUUUUUUCAGCUUUCUUUUUUCUGCUGUUUGGCUGCACACUAGAGCAGCAAUUCCAGAUUUCUAGGGCGGAGAGAUUCGCUUUGCUUCAGUUGAGAUCUUCAUUAGGGUUGAGGUCGAGAGAGUGGCCGAUUAAAUCCGACCCUUGCACUGGUUGGGUCGGAAUCCAAUGCUUAAACGGCAGCGUUUCAGGAAUCAACAUCUCUGGCUUUAGGAGAACUAAGAGGGGGAGUCUAAACCCUCGAUUUUCAGUUGAUGCCCUUCGGAAUUUGACCUUCUUGGCGUCGUUCAACGCCUCCAAUUUCGCCCUCCCUGGCCCGAUUCCCGAGUGGCUGGGGCUGGGGGUUGCAUCCCUCCGAGUGCUUGAUCUUAGGUCUUGUUUCAUCAAUGGCUCAAUUCCAUCAACCCUUGGGAAUUUGAGUAGCUUGGCUGAGCUGUAUCUCUCUACCAAUGAUCUUACUGGUGCCCUUCCCUCGAGUUUAGGUCAGUUGGAUGGCCUGUCUGUGCUUGAUCUUUCGAGGAAUGCACUUACCGGCUUGAUUCCAGUACCUCUUGUUGAUCUCCGGAACCUCACUGUGCUGGAUAUGUCGUUGAAUCGCUUGUCUGGGGAGAUUCCUCCUGGGAUUGGGAGAUUCUCAAGGAUGAGGUAUCUGAAUCUAUCAGGGAAUAUCUUGUCGUCUUCGAUACCUCCACAGCUCGGUGAUCUUUCUAGUUUGGUUGAUCUUGAUCUUGGAUCCAACUCUUUGUCGGGUUCCCUGCCCCUGGAUUUGAGAGGUUUGAGGAACUUGUCACGGUUGGUAGUUGGUGACAACUUGCUUUCGGGGCCGUUGCCUGAUAAUUUGUUUCCUUCUUUGACUCGACUAAAGUUUAUCGUUUUGGGAAGGAAUCAAUUCAAUGGCGGCGUUCCUGAUCUGCUGUGGUCGUUACCCUCGUUGGAAUUCCUUGAUUUGUCUGCGAAUAACUUUACGGGAAUGCUGCCAUUUAAUGUCAGUGCGGGAGUUAAUGCUAGUAGCGCUGUAGCUAACAUCUCUCAGAAUUCGUUUUAUGGAAAUAUUACGCCUGUAGUUAGGAGAUUUAGUUUUAUUGACAUGUCAGGGAAUUUUUUCGAGGGUUCAGUUCCUAUUUCUGCACAUGGCAGCACGGCGCUUGGCAUGAACUGCCUCCGAAACUCGAGUAAUCAGAGGAGCAGAAUGGAAUGCGCCACAUUCUAUGCUGAAAGAAAUUUGGUAUUCGACAAUUUUGGGGAGCCGAGCGCCCCUCCUUCACCUCCUCCAAAAUCCGACAAGAAGGACCACAAAGCUCUCAUUUUGGCUUCUGUGUUUGGAGGUGUUGGACUGAUUGCGCUGGUGAUAUUUAUAAUUGUGCUGUGCUUUAUAUGCAAGCGCAAGACAGGGACGCCUAACCAGAGAGGUAUUAGUGUGGGGCCAGUUCCAGCAGGUGGAAGCCCUCCUCCACCCGGCGCAUCAUUAAAUUUUUCGAAUCUUGGAGAUGCAUUUACUUACCAGCAGAUUCUCCAAGCCACGGGUGAAUUCAAUGAUGCUAAUUUAAUGAAGAAUGGUCAUUCAGGAGACCUUUACCGUGGGCUGCUUGAAGGUGGGAUUCCUGUGGUGGUGAAAAGGGUAGAUUUGGAUUCGUCCGCCAAAAAGGAAUCUUACAUGUCGGAAUUGGACCUUUUCAGCCGAAUUUCCCAUCCUAGAAUCGUACCCCUCUUAGGGCAUUGCUUGGAGAAUGAGAACGAGAAGUUUCUUGUUUACAAACACAUGCCAAAUGGGGACCUGCCUAGCUCUUUAUUCAAGAAAGCAGAUACGGAAGAUGGCUUACAGUCGCUGGAUUGGAUAACCAGACUCAAAAUCGCGAUUGGAGCUGCAGAGGGUCUCUGUUACCUACAUCAUGAAUGUGUUCCGCCACUUGUUCACCGGGAUGUCCAAGCCAGUAGCAUCCUUCUUGAUGAUAAAUUCGAAGUACGACUCGGAAGUUUAAGCGAGGUUUGUGCUCAAGAAGGUGAAAUUCAUCAGAAUCGGAUCACGAGGUUGCUGCGCUUGCCACAGACGACGGAUUCAGGUGCUUCAGGUACGCCCAACGCGAUAUGCGCGUAUGAUGUAUACUGCUUUGGGAAGGUUCUGCUCGAGCUUGUCACUGGUAAACUUGGCAUCAGCUCAUCCUCCGACGCAGCCAUGAAGGACUGGUUGGAAAUGACGCUGCCUUACAUCAGUAUAUACGACAAGGAGCUCGUCACGAACAUCCUGGACCCGUCGCUAAUCAUAGACGAGGAUCUACUUGAGGAGGUCUGGGCGAUGGCGAUUGUCGCAAGAUCGUGCCUAAACCCGAAGCCCACAAGACGGCCGCUGAUGCGGUACAUCUUAAAAGCCCUGGAAAACCCUCUCAAGGUAGUGAGGGAAGACAACAGCGGCUCUGAGAGGCUGAGGACGACCUCGUCGAGAGGGUCAUGGAACGCCGCCGUGUUCGGAAGCUGGCGGCAGAGCUCAAUUGACGUGGCGAACGUACCAGCCAGUCAGAAGAUGGAGGGCCCGAGCAGCUUCAAGCAGUCGGGGACGACGGGGUCGCAAGGGAGCGGCCCGCACGGAGAUGCCAACGGCAACGGGCACUCUUCGUCGGCUAGGAGGCACUCGAGGGAGAUAUUCCCGGAGCCUCUAGACGAAGAGGAGGGGAUGAGGGAGUAGGGCCGGAGGAGGCAACAAUGUUGUUUAUUCUUUGGAAAUAACGUGGUGAUGGUGUUGCCCCAGUACAUUCUCAUUCUCCUCUGGGUUGGGGUGGCAUUGGUAAACCCACCAUUUUUUUGUUGCUUAGUUUGGCUUGUUUCUUGGUAGAGAAAAAACCACAUAUUUUUUGUGUUAGUUUAUUUAAGUUACAUCUCUCUUUCUAGAAGUUGAAGGAGAACUACAAUUUUUUGCACUCUAUAAAUCCGAGUUUGGAGUCGAGAUUUA